AUGGCUCCCCAAUAUUUGACGCAAGCAGAGGUGUCUCGCCACACACAUGCCACCGAUGCCUGGAUUAUCAUCAAUGGAGAUGUCUGGAACGUUACUAGCUUUGCUAAAAUGCACCCAGGAGGUGAAGAUGUCAUCACGGAGCACUACGGAAAAGACGCUCCUGAAGUCUACAAUUCCGUCCAUGGUCCAAAGCUUGCAAUGGGCUAUUUUGGAGCCAGUAAACUAAUGGGAAGAAUCCCAGAAUUGGCACCAGCUCUGGAUCAGCAGUCUUUGGAAAACCCCAAGGUCGUAAAAAGUCUUACACCUCUUGAAUCCAUCAUCAACCUACAAGACUUUGAAGAUGCUGCGAGAUCUUGCCUAAACGAAGAUCCUGGGUAUACGUUUCCGGCGCCUCCAAUGACUGCUACACAGCGUCCAAGAAUGCUGAGAUAUAUCAGCACAGUAAUACUGGGUCACCGCUUUGACGUCCCCAUAUUCAACGCUCCUGCGUCCUUGGCUAUGCUGACGCACCCGUCGGCCGAGGUUGGGUUGGCAAAAGGACUUUCAGCGUCUGGAAGCACUAUUAUAAUGCCUACCCUUGCCUCGUAUUCGCUGGGCGAGGUCGUCGAGGCUCUGCCCCAGAACCAUCCCUCCUUUUUCCAGCUGUACAUUCCCCGCGAUACUUCAGCAUUGGCCAAGCUCUUGGACGAGAUUCGUCGUGCUUCACCGAAGGCUGUCAUGAUCACGGUGGACCUACCUGUAUUUAGUAAGCGGGAGGCCAACGAGCGUUACGAAAUGAGAAUCGCGAAGGGAAAGGGCCAGCCAAAGGACAAGAAGCAGAACAAGCAAUCCCGCGCCGCAAGCGCAGCAAUCAGCCCAGACGUCACAUGGGUCCAUGUCAAAACAAUCAAGGAUACGUUGGGAAUACCAAUCUUUGUCAAGGGGAUCCAGUGUGCCGAAGAUGCUAUGGAAGCCUUUGAAAGUGGCUGUGAAGGAAUUUAUAUAUCUAACCACGGCGGACGUGGUGUCGACACCUCGCAACCAACGCUUCUGACUUUAGCGGAGAUCAAUAUCAAGUGUCCACAGCUCUUGUCCCAGAUGAGUGUUUUCAUUGAUGGAGGUAUUCGUCGAGGCACAGAUGUUUUCAAAGCCAUCUGUCUCGGUGCUCACGGAGUCUGUCUUGGCCGACCCUUCUUCUAUGCUCUAAUGUACGGAGAAGAUGGAGUGCGCCAUCUGAUGAACAAUCUCAUCAGUCUUGCGAGACGAGCUGGAGAACGUCAUGCAACUGUGUGGAAUCCAAAGGUUGAGUGA